AUGGGUUCGACGACUCCAUGGAUGCAACUCCUGGCGCUGAUCGAAGGCGGUCCUUGUAGUGGCAAGCCACAUCCAGACGCUAACACUUCCAUCGUGGGGUGUCGCUUUUCAGUCGUCAAGAAUCCGCCGCGGUUCUGUUUUGUGCCGUGGAGGCGGCGGCCGCCCAACGCGACACUCUUCUUGAAUGUCGGAGCAUGCGUCAUUUCUGUGGACACCAAGUCGGGAGGCUCAAUCGAGACGAUUAAUGCCGUGGAUGUGCAUAUGGAGCCGAUGGGGGUGCGACGGGUCGAGCUCUUGCAUCACGCGGUCUUCCCCACGACGACGUGCACGAUAUACGAGUUUGAGAACCCAGUGUACACCGUCGAAUUUACCGCCACGGUGCAUCUCAUGCAGCACAUGGUGUACAUCCGAGGGCGAAAACCGAAAUUCUUUGAAGCGCGUCACGACAGCAUGCUCAUGACCCACAUGCAGAACACCAUCGCGUAUGCCACGACCAUGUGGACGUUGGCUCUAUGGAAUGCCCUGUUCCCGUACAGCCAUCUCAAGGAGACGCUAGAGGAUGCGCUUGCUGCUCUCCACACUGACGUUCAUCUCGCGCUCACCCACUUGGACGCGACGUACUGCCAAUUUUACGCGCAUGCUGCCGUCACCGACGUCGCGUACGACGCGGCAUGUCCACGGCAUUAUCGGGCGUCGUACGUCGCCCUGCUCGUUGCAAAGGUCAAGGCCCUGCAUACACAUGCAUCCCAAUACUGCAAAUCCACGGCCACUUCAGAUGCUAUCUCACCGUCAAUGCAAUGACAAGCCGGCUUAGUAUUUAUUUUACAGUAACUAUAUAACGUUAACUAUUAAAAAUUGAAAC